AUUUGACAGUAGCUGCUAGAAGGACGGGGGAGAAAUGGCUGAUACCAUAGCUGAUACAAGAAGGCUUUUUACUAAGCCUCAAAACCUGAAUGACGCUUAUGGACCCCCGAGUAAUUUUCUGGAGAUUGAUGUGAGCAACCCUGAGACCAUCGGGGUCGGCAGGGGCAGAUAUACCACGUAUGAAGUCAGACUGAAGACCAACCUACCCAUCUUCAAGCUUAAGGAGUCUUGUGUACGGAGGCGAUACAGUGACUUUGAGUGGCUCAGAGCAGAGCUGGAGAGGGAGAGCAAGGUGGUUGUCCCACCUCUCCCAGGAAAAGCUCUUUUCCGGCAGCUUCCGUUCAGAGGGGACGAUGGGAUAUUUGAUGACUCUUUCAUUGAGGAGCGGAGACAGGGUCUGGAGCAGUUUCUCAACAAAGUGGCCGGUCAUCCACUAGCCCAGAAUGAACGAUGCCUGCACAUGUUUCUACAGGACGAGUCUGUGGACAAGAACUACACCCCAUCCAAAAUCAGACAAGCUUGAAAGUAAAGAUGGCUCUGCUUGGCCUGGUCUGGCUCGGCCCCGCUCAGCCUAGCUUGGCCCGACAACCCAAAGCUCUCUUCACUGCUCCAGUUUUCUCUCAGAUAAUAAACAUUUCAAUGAUGACUUCCCUCCCCUCCCCGCCGCCCCCCAAAUAAUAUUCUUCACUGCCUCUUUUAGUUUAAUUAGUGACCCUGAUCGGUGUUUGUUUUCACCUUCUAAUUGGAGUCAAGAAUGUUCGACACAUAACUGUGGUUGAAAGUAAUUUAUAGUAAUUUCUCUUUAUGUCUGGAAAUGCCACUAACAUGGAUAUAUUAUGUAUUUAUCAUUAGCUAUGUCUUGAAUAUAUUCAUUUAUAUAGUAUCAUUGAAUGAGCGUUCUAUGUAUGCAAAGCUCCUGUAAAGACCCACAGCGUUUUUCCAUCAUAUAUUCAAUAUUGGCAUGUUGCAACUUAACACACACACACACACACACACACACACAUUUGAUGGGCCUUGACUUUCAAAUCACACUUUGAUCCUUUCUCUCUCUUCAAAAAGGAAGCAUGUGUGUGUACAUCAACCAGCACAUGCCGAGUUAUCACAAUGAUUUUCUAGAAAGAAAGAAGUAAUUUACACAGAGGGAACUGCAGUAUUUCUACAGGCUAUAUGCAUUUUGAGAUUUGUAAACUGCUGUGCCAUUUUUGUUUAUUUUGAAGGUUUUUCCAAUAAAAUAGAUGAAAUGUC